CCACAGACUACUGUUUUACUUGUUACAAGAGGCAUGUGUUGCCUUCAUUUCUGAUUAAACUUUUUGUUUACAGGUUAUUGUAGGUUUACGUGCAGUUGUAAGAAAUAAUAGUGAGAUAGAUCCUGUGUGUCCUUUACCCAGUUUCCCCCAAUGGUAACAUCUUACAGAACCAUAGAAUACUGUCACAACCUGGGUAUUGCCAUUGGCACAGUCAAGAUACAGAACAUUUCCAUCCCACAGGAUCUCUCCUGAUGCCAUUUUAUAGCCACUGCUGCUCCCCCCCGUACCAAAUCAUAAUGAUCUGUUAGUGCAGUGGAUAAAGUUGCAAUAAAGUUUUUGUGCAGAUGAUCAAGGGAAGAUACCCCCUGGGGAAGAUGGCCCAUCUCCCACUCCCCCGGCCCUAUCUGUCCCUGGCAACCUGUUAUUUCAAGAAUGUUAUGUGGGACUUCCCUGGUGGUGCAGCAGUUAAGAAUCUGCCGGCCAUUGCAGGGGACAUGGGUUCGAUCCCUUGUCCGGGAAGAUCCCACAUGCUGCGGAGCAGCUAAGCCCAUGCGCCACAAUGACUGAGCCUGCGCUCUAGAGCCCGGGAGCCACAACUACUGAGCCACGUGCCACAACUACUGAAGCCCACGUGCCUAGAGCCCGUGCUCUGCAACAAGAGAAGCCACCACAGUGAGAAGCCCACGCACUGCAAUAGAGUAGUCCCCGCUCGCUGCAACAAGAGAAAGCCCACAUGCAGCAGCGAAGACCCAACGCAGCCAAAAAUAAAAUUAAUUUUUUUAAAAAAGAAUGUUAUGUGAAUAAAAUCAUAUAGUGUGUAACUUUUUUUUUUCUCUUAAUUAAAGAAAAUUUUUUUUUGCCUGCGCUGCUGGUUAUGCGAUCUUAGUUCCCCGACCAAGGAUUGAACCCAGCCCAGGCAGUGAAAGUGCUGAGUGCUAAACACUGGACCGCCAGGGAAUUCCCAGCAUGUAACCUUUUGGAUUGGCCUUUUUCAAUCAAUGUAAUUCCCUGUAGAGUCAUCUAAAUUGCAUGAAUCAAUAGUGCUCCUUUCUUUUCUUUCUUAAUAUUUAUGUACUUAUUUAUUUAUUUGGCUGUGUCGGUCUUUAGUUGCAGCAUGCAGGAUCUAGUUCCCUGACCAGGGAUGGAACCUGGGCCCCCUGCAUUGAGAGUGCAGAGUCUUAACCGCUGGAACACCAGAGAGGUCCCAGUGCCCCUUUCUUUUUAAUUGCUGAGUAGUAUUCCAUGGUUUGGAUAUACUUCAGUUUGUUUAAUCACUUGCCCAUUGAAGAACAUCUGAGUUUUUUCCCAGUUCUUGACUAUUACUGAUAGAGAUGCUGUGGACAUUUGUGUACCUUUUUUUGUGCAAACAUGCGUUCUCUGGGAUAAAUGAUGUAUGGUAUAUGUUGCUUUUUUCUUUUGGCUAUGCUGUGCCACAUGUGGGAUCUUGCUUCCCCAAUCAGGGAUUGAGCCCGUGCCCCCUGCAUUCGGAGCUUGGAGUCUUAACCACUGGACCGCCAGGGAAAUUCCUGUACUGCUCCCCCCACCCCACUUUAUUGAUUGAUUGAUUGAUUGAUUGGCUGUAUUGGGUCUUAGUUGCGGCACGCGGGACCUUCGUUAAGACAUGUGGGAUCUUUUUGGUCAUUGCGGCGCAUGGGCUCUUCGUUGCAGCAUGAGAGCUUCUCUCUAGUUGUGGAGUGCGGGUUUUCUCUCUCUAGUUGUAGCACAUGGGCUCUGUAGUUGUGGCGUGCAGGCACCAGAGCGCGUGGGCUCUGUAGUUUGCAGCACGUGGGCUAUCUCAUUGAGGUGUGCGAGCUCAGUAGUUUGGCGCGAGGGCUUAGUUGCCCUGCAGCCUGUGGGAUCUUAGUUCCCCGACUGACUGGAGAUUGAACCCGCGUCCCCUGCGUUGCAGGACGAAUUCUUUACCACUGAACCACCAGGGAAGUCCCUGUAUUGCUUUUUUAAAUUAAAAAAAAAAAAAAAGGAAAAAAAUUAGAGGUAAAACAACUUAUAUGAUUGCCUUUCAAAGUACAUAUUCAAACCCUACAUUCUUGGUGUACAUAACUUAUUUAUGUUGAUUUCUGGUGUUUUGCUCUAGCAACAAGGCAAUAAUAAUAACGCUGUAGUUUUCCUUGUUUCUUUCAACUGAUGAUCUGUGUAUUUAUUACAAAUAAUAAUUAACACUCACAACCUACCUGGAGGCAAGUAAUGGUUAGUGCUGGUGUGGUUAACUCCUUUAUAGAUAGGGAGGUUGAGGCAUGGGUAUUGUGGAAUUUGCCUAAGGUUACAGCACUGUGUUCUGACUCAGAUUCAUUCAGAUUUAUUCCUUCUCUUUCUGUCUCCUGAAUUAACUCUUUGUAAUUUUGACCUAGGUGUGAGGACACGAAAAGGAUUUUUUUCUGUAUCUGAGGUUUAGUGCUUGUUCUGUAGAAACAAUAUAGAGUAGUGGUUAGAGUAUGCACUUUGGCAUCUGAUUUUUUCUUUUUUCUUAAGUCUUUAUUGAAUUUGUUACAAUAUUGCUUCUGUUUUAUGUUUUGGUUUUUUGGCCCUGAGGCAUGUGGGAUCUUAACUCCCUGACCAGGGAUCGAACCCACUCCCCCUGCAUUGGAGGUCAAGUCUUAACCACUAGACUGCCAGGGAAGUCCCAUCUGAUUUGAUUUUGAAUCUCUCCUCCACAUGGACAAAUCAUUUAACCUCUCUAAGCCUCAGUUUUGUGAUUUGUAAAUGGGGAUAAUGAUAGUACUUAUCUUCAUAGUGUUGCUGUGAGAAGUAAAUGAGAUGUGUGGAAAAGUGCUUAGCACUGUCAGGUGUGUAGCACAUAUUCAGUGAAUGUUCGAUAAAAGUAUUGCUUUAAAUAUAUGUGUUAUACUCUGCCACUGGGCUUGUCUUUAUCAGUUGGUGGAUGAUUGGAUAAAUAUUGGGAUCUUACUGCCAUGUACUUGUAAGGCUUUAAGAUUGCUGUAACUUUUGAGAUAAGAAUACUUUCUUUUAAUGCUAUUUCAAAUUUAGUCUUAUAUAUACUUAUUUAAAAAUAGGAAGUGAUAGGGCUUCCCUGGUGGCGCAGUGGUUGGGGGUCCGCCUGCCGAUGCAGGGGACCCGGGUUCGUGCCCCGGUCUGGGAGGAUCCCGUGUGCCGCGGAGCGGCUGGGCCCGUGAGCCAUGGCUGCUGGGCCUGCGCGUCCGGAGCCUGUGCUCCACGGCGGGAGAGGCCGCAGCGGUGAGAGGCCCGCAUACUGCAAAAAAAAAAAAAAAAAAAUAGGAAGUGAUGUUGGAUUAUAUUUAUUAUAGUAUUAGUUUGUAUGAAAAUAUUUUAAAGUUUCUCCUGAGUUAUUCAUAUUUUCUCAGGCUCAUAGUAAUAGAAAACUAGAAAGUGAUUCUGAACUGUUGAUUUCCUUCCUUUAAUCUGUCCCCCCCAAAAACAUUACUUUUCAUAUUUUUUUCCUAACAGUUAUCAGUACUUGAAAGUGUCAUCAUUUUUAAAAUUACAUAAAUAAUCACAUAAGCUCCUUGAGGGCAGGUAUUUCUCAUUUGCUGUAGUAUCCUCAGUGCCUAGAAUAGUGCUGAGUACAUAGAUACUCAGUAAACACUUGCUGGCUGUCUGUUAUUGCUUUUGCAUCUUUCCAGUCCCCCUUAAGUGUUUUUUAUUUGGGAAGUAGGGAAAAUACCAUCCAACUUCUAGUCAGAGCUUAAAAUGAGUAGGUUCUUAAAAUCCAGUGCCUUAUUUUGAUUGGCUGAGAAAUGUGAUUGGCAAGGUAGAAGGGCAUCUGGACCUUUUAGCAUAAGAGCUCUGCAUUUAAUAAUUUGACUUCUCCUUUUCCUGAAGCCUUGAGGGAAAUUUUUCCUUUCCCUAUUCUGGUCAGCCAAGAACCUGACCUGGGCUGACUCUAACAUUGGAGAACACUGAACACAGUAUCUGCUGAGCCAAGGACUGAGAGUCAAGCUCUGAUACUAUCUGAAGGAAAAGCCUGAAUUCAAAUCCUGCUUUGCCUACUGACUCAUCUUGCAAACCUAGAUGAAUUUCUUAACCUCUUCCAGGUUUAAAUGUUCUUAUUUGUCUGGUGAGUAAUCUUACCUGUCUGGGCUUGUGAGGAUACCUGGCUUAAUGUUCUCAAAGCUUUUUACAGUACUGUUGCUGUGGCUCCAGGAGUUUCCAGGAACUACUGGGGGCAGUGUGGUACUCCAGGGAGGAGAGCUGGACUCUUUUUCCCAAAGACUACGCAGAAAACAGAAAGAUGUGAUCCUUCGUGAUUUGAAAUCGGCUCUACUUCAGCCUCCUAAUGUUGUUGGUGGAUGAAAGAUUUCCAUGAAGGCAACUUACAAGGACCUGAAUGGCCUCAUUUUAGCUGCUUCAGCGUGUAGAGCUAUUGCUCGCUCCUUCUUUUCCCGGGCCUGGUGUGACAGUGGCUACUGAGGACCAUGAAGGUUGUUCCAGAGAAGAAUGCUGUCCGGAUACUCUGGGGGCGAGAACGGGGCACUCGGACCUUUGGAGCUCAGCGACUUCUGCAGGAGCUGGUGGAAGAUAAAACCCGGUGGAUGAAAUGGGAGGGCAAGAGAGUAGAACUGCCGGAUAGUCCACGCUCUACCUUUUUAUUGGCCUUCAGCCCAGACAGGACUCUCUUGGCCUCCACCCAUGUAAACCAUAAUAUCUAUAUCACGGAGGUGAAGACAGGCAAGUGUGUUCACUCUCUGAUUGGACACCGCCGCACUCCAUGGUGUGUCACUUUUCAUCCCACCAUCUCAGGCCUUAUUGCUUCUGGCUGCCUAGAUGGGGAGGUUAGAAUUUGGGAUUUACACGGUGGCAGUGAAAGCUGGUUCACAGAUAGCAACAAUGCCAUUGCCUCCCUGGCUUUCCACCCUACGGCUCAGCUCCUGCUGAUUGCUACUGCCAAUGAGAUCCACUUCUGGGAUUGGAGUCGACGGGAGCCCUUUGCCGUGGUGAAGACAGCUAGUGAGAUGGAACGGGUCCGUCUGGUGAGAUUUGAUCCUCUUGGACACUACUUACUCACAGCAAUUGUUAACCCCUCUAAUCAGCAGGGUGAUGACGAACCAGAGAUCCCCAUAGACGGAACAGAAUUAUCGCAUUACCGUCAGCGUGCCCUCCUGCAGUCACAGCCAGUGCGCCGGACGCCUCUCCUCCACAAUUUCCUGCACAUGCUGUCCUCCCGCUCCUCUGGCAUCCAGGUGGGAGAGCAAAGCACAGUGCAAGAUUCUGCCACCCCCUCACCCCCACCGCCUCCCCCUCAGCCCUCCACGGAGCGUCCCAGGACUUCCGCUUACAUCCGGCUCCGACAGCGGGUCAGUUACCCCACAGCCGAGUGCUGCCAGCACCUUGGGAUCCUGUGCCUUUGCAGCCGCUGCUCUGGCACUCGAGUUCCUUCCCUCUUGCCACACCAGGACAGUGUACCCCCUGCUCCUGCCAGGGCUACUACCCCUUCCUUUUCUUUUGUACAGACCGAGCCCUUCCAUCCCCCGGAGCAGGCCUCAUCAGCGCAGCAGGACCAGGGCCUCCUGAACCGGCCGUCUGCCUUCAGUACAGUCCAGAGCAGCACUGCCGGCAACACGCUCCGCAACCUCAGUCUGGGUCCCACCCGUCGCUCUUUGGGAGGCCCUCUGUCUAGCCACCCUUCUAGGUAUCACCGAGAAAUCGCUCCCGGGCUGACAGGAUCUGAGUGGACCCGGACAGUGCUCAGUCUGAACUCCCGCUCUGAGGCGGAAUCCAUGCCCCCGCCCAGGACCAGUGCCUCUUCGGUGAGUUUGCUGUCUGUGCUGAGACAGCAGGAAGGUGGCUCUCAAGCAUCUGUGUACACUUCAGCCACAGAAGGGAGGGGUUUUCCAGCUUCAGGGUUGGCAGCUGAGUCAGAUGGAGGGAAUGGCUCCAGCCAAAACAACUCGGGCAGCAUUCGCCAUGAGCUUCAAUGUGACCUGAGACGCUUCUUUUUGGAGUAUGACCGGCUUCAGGAGCUGGACCAGAGCCUGAGUGGGGAAGCGCCCCAGGCCCAACAGGCCCAGGAAAUGCUCAACAAUAACAUUGAAUCUGAGAGGCCAGGCCCCUCCCACCAGCCCACCCCACACAGCAGCGAGAACAACUCCAACCUGUCCCGUGGCCACCUGAACCGCUGCCGCGCUUGCCACAAUCUCCUGACCUUCAACAACGAUACCCUGCGCUGGGAAAGAAGUGCACCUAACUACUCCUCUGGUGAAGCCAGCUCCUCCUGGCAGGUCCCCAGUACCUUUGAGGGCAUGCCCUCGAGUGGCAGCCAGUUGCCACCUCUCGAGCGGACUGAGGGCCAAACGCCGAGCUCCAGCAGGCUGGAGUUGAGCAGCUCUGCUAGCCCACAGGAGGAGAGGACUGUGGGGGUGGCCUUCAACCAGGAGACAGGCCACUGGGAACGAAUUUACACCCAGUCCAGCAGAUCUGGAACUGUGUCGCAGGAGGCCUUACAUCAGGAUAUGGCUGAGGAAAGCUCCGAGGAAGAUUCACUCAGGAGGAGGCUGCUGGAGUCUUCCCUCAUUUCAUUAUCCCGUUAUGAUGGAGCAGGAUCCAGAGAGCACCCAAUUUACCCAGACCCAGCGAGAUUAUCUCCUGCUGCUUACUAUGCCCAGAGGAUGAUCCAGUAUCUCUCACGGAGAGACAGUAUCCGCCAGCGUUCUAUGCGCUACCAACAGAACCGCCUCCGUUCUUCCACCUCCUCCUCUUCCUCAGACAACCAGGGUCCAUCAGUAGAGGGAACCGACUUGGAAUUUGAGGACUUUGAGGACAAUGGUGACAGAUCCAGGCACCGAGCUCCACGAAAUGCCCGGAUGUCUGCACCUUCACUUGGACGCUUUGUCCCAAGGCGUUUCUUGCUGCCUGAGUACUUGCCUUAUGCUGGGAUUUUUCAUGAACGUGGACAGCCUGGCUUGGCUACUCACUCUUCUGUUAACAGGGUCCUGGCAGGGGCAGUGAUUGGUGAUGGACAGUCUGCCGUGGCCAGUAACAUUGCCAAUACUACCUACCGGCUCCAGUGGUGGGACUUCACUAAGUUUGACCUCCCAGAAAUCAGUAAUGCCUCCAUGAAUGUGCUGGUGCAGAACUGCAAGAUCUACAAUGAUGCCAGCUGUGACAUUUCUGCAGAUGGCCAGCUUCUGGCGGCUUUCAUCCCUAGCAGCCAAAGGGGCUUUCCUGAUGAAGGCAUCCUGGCAGUGUACUCUCUGGCCCCCCAUAACCUGGGCGAAAUGCUCUACACCAAGCGAUUUGGUCCCAAUGCCAUUUCAGUGAGCCUGUCCCCGAUGGGUCGAUAUGUAAUGGUGGGCUUGGCCUCACGAAGGAUCCUGCUGCACCCCUCCACGGAGCACAUGGUGGCCCAGGUCUUCAGGCUGCAACAGGCCCAUGGUGGCGAGACCUCCAUGAGGAGAGUUUUCAACGUCCUUUAUCCCAUGCCUGCUGACCAGCGGAGACAUGUCAGCAUCAAUUCUGCCCGGUGGCUGCCCGAGCCAGGGCUCGGCCUGGCCUAUGGUACCAACAAAGGAGACCUGGUGAUCUGCCGACCAGAGGCCUUAAACUCUGGUGUUGAGUACUACUGGGACCAGCUGAAUGAGACUGUCUUCACUGUUCACUCCAGCAGCCGAAGCAGCGAGAGGCCUGGCACCAGCAGAGCCACAUGGAGGACAGACAGAGACAUGGGCCUGAUGAAUGCAAUUGGGCUGCAGCCCCGGAACCCCACCACCUCAGUGACAUCUCAGGGCACCCAGACUCUGGCCCUUCAGCUGCAGAAUGCCGAAACACAGACAGAGAGGGAGAUCCAGGAGCCGGGGACAGCAGCUUCAGGUCCUGGUGAAGGUGAGGGCUCGGAGUACGGUGCCAGCGGGGAAGACGCUCUCAGCAGGAUCCAGCGGCUGAUGGCGGAAGGGGGCAUGACAGCCGUGGUGCAGCGGGAGCAGAGCACCACCAUGGCCUCCAUGGGUGGUUUUGGCAACAACAUCAUCGUCAGCCACCGUAUUCACCGCAGCUCCCAGACGGGCACCGAGCCUGGGGUCGCGCGCGCCCCCUCGCCCCAGCCCUCCACCUCUCGGGGACUGCUCCCAGAAGCUGGGCAGCUGGCAGAGCGAGGCCUGAGCCCCCGGACAGCCUCCUGGGACCGGCCUGGUACCCCUGCACGGGACCCACCCCAGGCAGCCCUGCCCACCUCCUCCCCCGUCCCCCUUCCCAGCACUGAGGGACCAGCCCUGCACUGCGACCUCACCAAUAACAACCACCUUCCCGCUGGUGGGGGCAGCAGCCUGGGGGAGGCUGCGGGCCCCAGUGGGGAGCCACGGAACAGGUAGAGACGUGUGUGCACUGGUGCCUCCCCUCGAACCGCUGAGCAGAAACCGGACCUCACAGCUGACUGGGAACUGUAUGCGCAGAAGAGCCGCGGGCUGCGGAAACAGGAAACAGGAGCAAGAGGGUGGGGGGUUGAGAGGGAGUCCGAGUCAGCCAGCGUGAGGCAGUCAAAGGGGCAAGGCUUGCCUCCAGGGACUAGAACCUUCUAGGAUCUGGAGCCCAGGGGAGCCACAGGCUGCUGCGCUCAGUGUGAAUGGAGGUGGAAAUGGGUAUCCCUGCCAUGAACCCCCCUUUCUCCUGGAAACAAGGCUCAAGGGACUCAGCCCUGGGCAGAGAGCCCUCAGAAGGGUGAAUAGUCUUCCAGAUCUGGGCCAAACCAUCCUGGACGGUGGCCAGUGGGCCAGCUUCUCCCUGUUCACCUGUUGUGCAGGCAGAGCCACUAGGAGCCCUAGUGCAGGAGGAGCGGCCUGGCUCCCAGAAAUCAGCUCCAUUUCUGAGCCUUCCAGAGCUUCAAGCUUCUCUUGAUCAUCUUACCCCACAGAGACCACAGUCAGGGGUCAGGCCAGGCCUCCAGAUUCCUGAGGACAGGGACUUCCUGCACUUACUGUUGGGGAACAACCAUGGAGUGAAUGGGGCAGCCUGCUUGCCUGAGACAGGAUGGGGUCAAGGGAUGGUGGGCAGGUCCUCGCUCAGGAGUGGGGGGUGUAGGCUGGCCAGCCCCCAGCGCUUGUCCACCAAGCUCCUCCUUCCCCACCCCCCCCCAAGGCCCUCAGAGCAGCACCUGUGGGUGUCAGUAUUAGCUGAGCCUAGGCCAAAGCCAGCCCAAGGCUGGGGGAGGGGAUGAGACUCCAGGUCAGAAUGUGAGGUCUUGGUCUGUGAUUUAAGGUGUUGCAUGUGGAAUCUUGAACUGUACAUGUAGUUUCUAGUGGAGAAAUCGAGGCUCUGAUUAUUUUGUUUUUAGUAUGAAAAUGUGAUUUCUUUUCUGUUCGUAACUCAUCAUAGAAACAUUGUGGUGGGAGGAGAGGGGAUAGUCUGACUGCUAAUGAGGGAAACACCAAAGAUCUACAUCAUUAAAAUGAUGACAUGCCCCUCA